AUGGAUAACUUCCAAUCUCAUACACGAAAGCACCAACUAAAACACAAAAAGAGACUCACUCAAGAGCAAGUGAGGCUUUUAGAAAUUAGCUUCAACUUAAAUAACAAGCUCAAUCCAGAACGAAAGUCCCAACUUGCACAAGAACUUGGUCUACCCUCGACUCGAGUUGCAACAUGGUAUCAGAAUAGACGAGCUCGUAACAAGAAUCAAUGCCUCAAGGUCACUCACAAAGCCUUGAAGCUAAGACUUGAAAAUGUGAUGGAAGACAAUGCAAGGCUACAAGCGGAAGUCCCAAGGCUGAAACAAGAGUUGAAUAAGCAUCACUUGGAGAAGGAGCUUUACCCUUCUAUGGUUGCUGAUGGAUUUCCCUUUGUAUCCUCUGAUGGAUGUGAUUUUCUUGCCUCAUCUAUAUCUUGA